AAACAUUCAUCUCUUGCGUUUCGACCUUUCUCGCACUCUCUUCUCCCAAACAGCCUCGAAGAAGCCUUCCUCCAUGGCCACAUUCAGUCUUCCCCGCAAGGGAAACACGAGGCUGCCGCCGGAGGUCAACAGAGUUUUGUAUGUACGAAAUUUGCCCUUCAACAUUACCAGCGAAGAGAUGUACGAUAUAUUCGGCAAGUACGGGGCGAUUCGGCAGAUCCGGAUUGGAACGAACAAGGAUACUAGAGGUACCGCCUUUGUUGUUUACGAGGAUAUCUAUGAUGCUAAGACGGCGGUGGAUCAUCUCUCCGGUUUCAACGUUGCGAAUCGGUAUCUGAUCGUGUUGUACUACCAGCAGGCCAAGAUGAGUAAAAAGUUCGAUCAGAAGAAGAAAGAGGAUGAAAUUGCUAGGAUGCAGGAGAAGUACGGGGUUUCUACGAAAGAUAAGUAAAAGUGCAUAUUGGAUUUCUGCCAUCACAAGAGUUGUGCAGUCUUCAGACAUCUUACCAGUUAGGCUUGGCACAUAAAGCAUUCAAUAGAAUUUGUCGUAUGGGAUUAUCGUCUUUUCUUUCAGAAGCUGAUGAAAUGGUACACCAGCGUUUGUGCACGUGAGCGUGCAAGGAAAGUGAAUAUGGGAUUGUAAUAGAAAUUGAAAGUCUGGACAACUGCUAUGAUAGUUUUUCUUUGGAAGAGAAACAAGUUUCAUUGAGGAAUGAAAUAACUGAAUGAACCCCAAGGACGUGCAUGUGAAUUACAAGCAAGUUCUCCAAUUUGGGAUCAACAAAGUAAGACUAUAAUCUGAAAAGGGUGGAGAAAGACCCCCCAGAAGACUCUUCCAUUUCUCUUGCCCCCAAAAAACCAGAAGACAACCAUGUUUAGAGCCAGCCAGAAAAUCUUCUUCACACCCUUGAAGGGAUGUCCGACAAAGUUGGAUGCAAUGCACUAUCUUUGUGGGAAUCUGUCUGCACUUUGGAUGGCUAGGAUCUAUUUGGGUUACUCAAAAACGUAUUUGUUGUUAAAGACGGAGGAAGUUGGGGCAAAUCGACCAACCUAUAUGUUAGGCAGGAUGCAUCUGUUCUAGCUCUACUUUCCUUGAUUGUUUCUAUAGCUUUCGAUUAUGGAAAUUUUUAAAUUUGCAAUAUUCAUACGCUUAUAAGAUUCAUUUUUUUACAAUGUUCGUAGAUUUUUUAUACUUUCUUUCCCCUCUCUGUACCCUCUGUGUGCUGCCUCUCUUAGUCUCAGACCUUCUGUUGUGCCUUGCCAUCUGAAAAGCCCUUGCACACCAUUGAGUACACCAUGAAUUUUGUUAUAAAGAUCCAUAUUUUAUAUUGAA